UUGAUUGAUUAAGCAAUUACCUGUAUAUUUGUCUUGUUGUUGUUUUUAUAAUUGGCUUUUUGGUUUCGAUGUUGAUAUUUGUUUUUUUAAAAAAAAGAGUAAAAUACACCACCAUCAAGCAUCUUUCAUCUAUUAAUCAUUCGAUCACCUUGAUGAUUUUUUGUGUUUGUCUUUUUUUUCCUUGAUCAUCGAAAAUAUCUUUUUCUCUCUAGAAUCUUCUGGAUUUGUUUUUUCUGAAAAAAAAUAUUGAUUGUUGUUGGUGAAACAAACAAAAAAACUAACCAUCAUCAGCUAAACACAAACAAACAAAUUAGUCUUGUCUCGUCUUUCUGUCGUCGUUUCGUUAUCACCAGAAAACAAGAAAACUAAAGUGCUCAAAUCAUUGCUUUUUCUCUGCCUAUAUCACCAAAAUAAUUAAGAUAACGGGACUAAACAACAACAACAACAACAAAUAAAGUUAUUGCAAUCGUCUGUUGCUUUAUGAUUUUUUUGCUAAUUUGAUAUUAUCAAAUAAAAAAUUUUCUAAAAAAAAAUGGAAGCAAUGGAAAUAACAUUAUCAGAAUUUAUAGCCAAAACUUCAUGCGAUCCCGGUCUUGCACAAGAUUUAUUAAAUCAUCAUGGUUGGAAUUUAGCAGCUGCAUUAAAAAGUUAUUAUCCAAUGAAUGAUAUAAUUACAUCGAUUGUAACGGAUAAUCACAAUGAUGAGGAUGAUGAUGUGAAUGAUGAUGAUAAUUUUAAUUCAAAAGAAUCAUUAGCAACAAUAUCAGCAUUAACAACAACAUUAAAUGAUAUGAAUGGACAUCAUUAUUGUUUGAAUCAUUUAAUAUCAACAAAUAUUACUACACCAUCAGCAACAAUAACAACAACAAAAGAUACAUUUUUAAUACCGAAUAAAUGUACAUCUGAACCAUCACUUUCAUCACAAUCAUCUGAUGCAUGUGAUUCAUCCGUACUAUCAACACCAACAAAAUUUCAAUCAUUUAAAUAUCAUCAACGUAAUGGUGAAAUUUUUCCGGAUAAAAAAUUAAGCCGUGGUAUAUCAAGAGCUUCGGAUAAUGAAAAUCUUAUUUCGAAAGCACGAUCAGAAGUAGCUGAAGAUUUUAAAAUAUCACAUCGUGGUAGUCGCCUGUUGAAUAUUGAUAAAUUAAUUGAAACACCGGAAUUUACAUUCACGUUGCCCGAUAUACAUCGAUAUGAAGAUGAAUUUUAUGAAUUUCUUCGUAAAGAUUUGAUUGAAAAAUCGACAAAAGCAUCGUUGGAAUCAUCAAAACGUUUAAAUUGGUGGUCUGAUAUUUGUCAUCGUUUAUAUCCUCUAGUCACUUCGGGCGAUGGCAAUUGUUUAUUACAUGCCGCUUCAUUAGGAAUGUGGGGCUUUCAUGAUCGAGGUCUAAUUUUACGAAAAGCACUUCAUCUUAUGUUGGCCAAUAGUUCAUAUACGCAGGCAUUUUAUCGUCGUUGGCGUUGGCAAACACAUUUUCAAAAUUCUAAAGCCGGUCUAUUAUUAUCGGAAAAAGAAUGGGAACAUGAAUGGGAUUCAAUUGUACGUUUAGCAUCGACUGAACCAAGAUCGAAAAAUUAUGAUUCGGGUAAUGAAAUGACUGGUGCUGGUGGUAAAAAAGCACCAAUAGAUGAAUAUGAAGAAAAAUCAUAUAUCUAUGAAAGUUUAGAAGAGAUUCAUAUAUUUGUAUUGGCACAUGUAUUACGAAGACCAAUCAUUGUGAUUGCUGAUACUAUGCUCAAAGAUUCUAAAGGUGAAGCAUUUUUUCCAAUACUUUUGGGUGGAAUAUAUUUACCGCUUGAAUGUAAUGAUGAUUGUCUGAUGAAAUCACCGCUCUGUUUAACAUACGAUUCAGCACAUUUUUCAGCAUUAGUAGCCAUGAAUAUUGAAUCACAAAUGAUUAACAAUUCGAAUGAAUGUCUUCCAUGGGCUAUACCAUUAAUGGAUGUUGAUCAUAAUGUUUUACCAUUACAUUUUGCUAUCGAUCCGGGAAAAGAAGUGUUCAUUAAUGAUAAUAAUAAUAAAUCAAAUAUUGAUUCUACGCUCAAUAAUCUAGCCAAAACAUUAGUGUUAACCGAACAGGAUAAAAUUGAAUUAUUGAAAAAAUAUUUCGAUAUUUUAACACUUUCACAUAAAAAAGAAAAUUGUAUUGAAAAACCGAUACCAAUUAUUGUUACUUCGGUUGCUGAUGAUGUUAAAACGAAUUCGGUGACAACGUCAACAGCAACAACAACAACAUCGACAAGUCUUCCUAAAACAACAACAACAACAAGCACAAAAGAAAAAUCACAAACACUUCCAUCAAAUUUUGGUCGUAAAAAUGGUGAAUUUUCAUCAUUGAUCAUAAAUGGUAGUGAUUGUGAUGAACGAAAUAAAUCUAGAGCCAAACAUUUACUACAGAAACCAUUUCAAACAUUUGGUAAAAUGGGUAAAAAAAUUAAACGUAAUCUUGGUCAAUUAGCCAGACGAUCAACAUCAUUUCGAUUAACACGGCAAAAAUCUUCGAUAGAAAAUAAUCCAAUCAAUGUGAUUGAAGAGAAUGAACAUAAUGACGAAUCAAUAAUAACUGCCAAUAAUAAUAAUGAUAAUAAUCAAUCUGUUAUGAUUAAUAAUCGAAUCGAAUCAAUAAUCAAUACAGAUAAUUCAAUAUUCUAUUGCGAUACAAAUGUUUUAGCUGCCAAAUUAUAUAUUAAUAAAAAAUUAUCGUAUCAUGAUGAAUUAAUUAAGAAUUAUCUAACAACAGCACGUGUACGAUUUGAAACGGAACGUGAAAAACAACGAAGAUUAAAAGAAAUGGAAAAAACGUCUACCGCUGUUGCGGCAACAACAACAAAACCGAAUGAAAAACAAACAGCAUCAAAAUCAUCGAUUACAUCAACAAUUAGUUCGGCCUCUUCAUCAUCAUCCGCAUCAUCAUCUGCAUCAUCACUUUCGGAUGAUGAAUCAAUUCCUAAACUAAAUGAUGGCCAAAAUGAUAAAAUCUCUUUAUCAAAUUAUCAAUAUAAUUGUGUGAAUAAUGAUUGUGAAUCAAAAUCAACAGCCGAAACAAAUUUUCUUUGUCAAUCAUGUUUUAAUGAACAGAAAAAAGCAUUGAUUAGUAAUGGUUUUACGAAAAUAACUGUCGAUGAAAAUGAAAUGAAACAACAACAGCAACAACAAUCACCGGAAAAAUCAUCGGAACUUGAAAAAAUAAUGGUAAAUGAUGAUGAUGAUGAUGAUAUUAUCAGACAAAAAUUAUCGAAUCAACUGUCAACAAAAACUACUACCAACACUGUUGUUGUUGCCGCUAAAACUUCGAACGAUAAUUUCAUCACAAAUGUGUGAUAUUUAUCUUCUUUUUGAUUCCCUUAAAAAACAAUUCAUUUUUGACCCUAAUCUCGCCUAUUCGAACAAAUCCAUGAAAAUAUUGCACACACACUUGGUUAUAAUCAAAUCAAUCAAUCAAAAAAAAUGUAUUUUGUUUAACAAAUUAUAUUCAUUCAUUCAAUAAUGACCACACAUUAUAAAAAC